UGACACUAUCACGUCACGUCAAUAGCGUUGUAGGAGUCCCGGAUGGAGUGGGUAGCAUUUUUCAGUUAUUAAAAUUGCAUUCAAUUCAACAAAUUUGUUUGGUGAUAAUGAGUACAAUGAAUAUUUCUAUUGAGAAGAAAAGAUCAGACUGCCCAGCCUUACCCAAAGGCUGGCAGCGGGAAGAAGUACUAAGAAAGACUGGUUUGUCUGCUGGAAAAGUUGAUGUUUAUUAUUACAGCCCAACAGGUAAAAAGUUUCGCAGUAAGGCUGAACUAGUUCGUUAUCUGGGUGAUAGUAUGGACCUGUCGUGUUUCGACUUUCAGCAGGGUCAGAUAAACACUAUGCUGCUGUGCAAGGCCAAGAAAGCACGAGCGCAGUUUGACUACAGGGGUGUUCGUUCUGACGCGUCAUUGGUACCACCCAUUCGACAAACUGCAUCAAUUUUCAAGCAGCCAGUCACUGUCUAUAAGACACAGGAAAGCAAAGUCAAAACAGACUUGAAACAUGGCACACAGGAGAAACCAAAACAGUUGUUCUGGGAAAAAAGGCUAGAAGGAUUGACAGCGUGUGAUGCGGAUGGAGUGAAAGGCACAACAUCGCUGCCAAAAUAUAUCAAGCCUUUGGGACCUUACAACUCGGAUGCGACUAUCAUUCAGUCUCUAGCAACAGCUCUCCAUGUUUCAUCUCAACCUAUAACAGGUCAAACGGGAUCCAAACAGUCCAUAUUAGAGAACCCUGGUGUUUUUUUAAACCCUGAGCAGCCCCUGAUAGCGUCUGUGACAAUCACAAAGGAUGACGUGAGACGGCAGGAGGAGCGCGUGCGCCGCGCCCGCCAGAGGUUGCGGGAGGCGCUUGCGGCCGUAUAGGGUUACGCCGGCGACGGAGAGCCCAGCGCCGACUCCGUCGCCGACCUGUCAGUCUCGUCCCGACUGUCGGACUCCGCUGAAGCUUCUCCCAAACCCUCGUCUAUGGAAAUGAAUGUUGAUGAUUAAGUAUUAUAUAUUAUUGGAGCCUGCCAUGAGAAUCUCGCUAGUUUCUCUGUUAGGCAC